UUUUUUUUGAAUAAUAAUCUACCUUUCAACCUUAUUGAGCCUCUCGUACGAAAUCCAUGCUUUUUACAAAGGCAUAUCAAAAAUGUGGAACACGCAAACCACCUUACUCUAUCAAUAGGUUGUCAGACGUCGUACCUCAUCGCAGCCGAGGCGGCCGCCUUGUUUUGCGGUCGCCUAGUCUGUCUUUUGUCCGCUUCAUUUCUGUUUCCAAAAGCCGUUUUGUAGUUCAAGAUUUCAAAGCGUGGCUUAAAAAUAAUCCUGUUCUUAAUGAUGGGUACUCUGUGACGCACGCCUUUUCUGAAAACAAAAAGAGCAACAAGUCACAUGAGGACAACACCGAAAAGACUGCGAAAACAGAUAACACCGCUGAAAAGCACGGCCAUAGCCCAAACAGCCCGAGCAACGGCGAUUCAAAUCCUCCUGCGAACAUUAACAUUCUGAUGUUCGUAGCGACAACAUUCGCGUGCAUUUUCACCUAUUCCGCGUGGCGCGCUUCUCUAUCAAACACAGUAUCCGAAACUGAAAUCGAUUUUUUUAUAUUUCGUACCAAGUUCUUAGAGGGUCACAGGGUACAAAAACUGGUGAUCGUUAACGAUAUAGCUCACAUAUUCACCAACAGUGCGAUUCCGGCAUAUUAUAUGCGAAUUGGGCAUCCGGACUCGUUUGAACGCAGAUUAAGGCAGGCAGAAAUUGAGUGUAACAUCAAAGAAGAAGAUUUUGUACCGGUCGUGUAUAAAUAUCCAGGCAGAUUCUGGUCUACCGUUCGCUCAAUUAUCCCUACAGUUCUAAUAAUUGGUCUCUCCGUUGCUCUUUGGAGAUCAACUAGAGCCCCUGGGAAUAAUAUUUUCGAUCCACCGGGCACCACCGCUCGCAGAUCGUCGCUCAUCACGGCAGAAACGAAGCCGAAAGUGAGAUUUAGCGACGUGGCGGGACUGGAAGAUGCCAAGGACGAAGUGGUAGAGUUUGUUUCAUUCCUCAAGCACCCAGAGAAAUUUACGAGGUUGGGAGGCAGAAUUCCUAAGGGAGCUUUGCUGACAGGAUUACCUGGGACAGGGAAAACUCUGUUGGCAAAGGCCACGGCGGGAGAAGCGGGCGUGCCGUUUUUCUCGACUUCUGGUUCCGAUUUCGUCGAAAUGUACGUGGGUGUUGGUCCGAUGAGAAUUCGCCAGCUUUUUGGCCAGGCAAGGAAGAAGGCACCGUGUAUCAUUUUUAUUGAUGAGAUCGACGCAGUUGGGCGCUCGAGGACGUCUACGUUUCACAACGACGAGCGCGAAAACACGCUUAACCAGUUGUUGGUCGAGAUGGACGGAUUUAGCAGUACCUCAAAUAUUAUCGUGAUUGCCGGUACAAAUCGUGUAGACGUUCUUGACAAGGCUCUGUUGAGGCCCGGGCGCUUUGACAGAAUAAUCAACAUCGAUGCGCCGACCAGAGCAGGUCGCAUAGACAUUUUUCGCGUUCAUCUUAAGCCUAUUAAGUUGGCAGUCCCCGCGGAAGAGGUCGUCGAGCGCUUGGCAGAUUUGACAGUCGGAUUCGUGGGCGCGGACAUCGCGAGCGUGUGCAACGAAGGGGCCCUGAUCGCCGCGCGAAAAAACAAAGAUUCUGUAGAAAUAGAAGAUUUGGAAGCGGCGAUUGAGCGAAUUAUCGGUGGUUUAGAACGAAAGACCAAAGUUUUGCAAGCAGGCGAAAAAAACACAAUUGCCUACCACGAAUCAGGGCAUGCCAUCAUUGGGUGGAUACUGGAACACACCAAUCCACUGUUGAAGGUGAGCAUAGUUCCGCGCGGAACAGCCGCGUUGGGAUAUUCGCAGUACCAAAAGCAAGAGCGAUAUUUGACGUCAGAGCUAGAAAUGUUGGACAAUAUGUGUAUGAUCUUAGGUGGACGCGCUGCGGAGAGCAUUGUAUUCAACCAGUUGUCUACAGGGGCCCAGGAUGACCUGAACAAAGUAACCAAUAUGGCCCACGAAAUGUUGACUCGAUAUGGAUUCUCGAAAGUUAUCGGCCUUGUUUCAUUUAAACCAAACACGAGCGAAGCACCCUACUCUCAUCGUCUGUAUUCGGACGAUACUUCCAGGUUGAUUGACGAAGAAGUUCGCCGGCUCGUGUCUUCGGCAUACGAGCGCGCUGUAGAAUUGCUCAAGAGCCGGCGAGACAAGCUCGAUUCUCUUGCUCAGCUCUUGCUGAAAAAAGAAGUCAUUUCUAGCGCCGAUAUGGUCGAGAUACUGGGAGAGCGCCCCUUUCCCUCGCCCAACUCUUCUACUAGCGGCUUCAAAACUGAAAACAAAUAAAUAAAUUAUAUUUUUGACGUGUCUUCUUCUCAA